UCUACAAGAAAGACAAUCGUCAGUUUUUUAUCGCAUUUUGUUAAAUCACAGGUGCGCUGUCUUAACGUUUCCUGAGAACAAAACCAAGUAAAUGCAUUGUUUUGAACUGUGUGGAGCAGUCAAAAUAGUUUGAACGAAUCGUUUCAUUUGGACGGUUCAUUUUUAAUUGUUCGAAACGUCACACUGAGACGUUUUACAUUUUUACUCAAAAAAAUGUUAUCAUUAAGUGUCACGUGUUUGUUACUGUUUCACAAUUAUUACGAGAAAACACAGUCAGUUGUGCUAUGAAUGCAUCGUCUGCACGUUUUAUUAAGCCUGUUCUGUAUGGGUACUUCAGAAGUUCUUGCUCCUGGAGAGUCCGGAUUGCAUUUGCACUGAAAGGCAUUGAAUUUGAACAAGCACCAGUCAAUCUUAUCAAGGAUGGUGGACAACAGCGCACAGAUCAAUUUAAAGAAUUAAAUCCAAUGCAACAAGUGCCUGCACUUGCCAUUGAUGGCAUCACUUUGUCUCAGUCGUUGGCUAUUAUCCAGUACAUUGAGGAAACUCGGCCAGGGCCCCGUCUUCUACCUGCAGACCCAAAGCAGCGUGCUAAGGUCCGCAUGAUCUGUGACAUCAUCGCCUCUGGGAUCCAGCCCCUUCAGAAUCUGUAUGUGAUUCAGAAAGUUGGUGCAGAAAAACUACAGUGGGCUCAACAUUUCAUCAACAGAGGAUUUGAAGCUCUAGAGCCCAUCUUGAAGCAGACAUCUGGAAAAUACUGUGUAG